UAUAAGCUUUCCGAUUCUCUGGCAGUUGUUCGCUCAUUGUUUGAUUUGUUUCCGUUUUACUUUAAUUUAUUCUUCUUCGUCGACGCCAACCACCAAGAGGAGACCUCUUUACAUCGAGAAAUGAGCGGGCACGAUUCGAAGUAUUUCUCGACUACGAAGAAGGGAGAAAUCCCUGAGCUCAAGGAAGAGCUUAAUUCUCAGUACAAGGAUAAAAGAAAAGAUGCUGUGAAAAAGGUUAUUGCUGCAAUGACAGUUGGGAAGGAUGUUUCGUUGCUGUUCACAGAUGUAGUGAAUUGCAUGCAAACUGAGAAUUUGGAGCUGAAAAAGCUUGUGUAUUUGUAUCUCAUAAAUUAUGCUAAAAGCCAGCCCGAUCUUGCAAUUCUUGCAGUAAAUACAUUUGUAAAGGAUUCACAGGAUCCAAAUCCUCUCAUUCGUGCUUUGGCUGUUCGGACUAUGGGGUGCAUUCGUGUUGAUAAAAUCACAGAAUAUCUCUGUGAUCCCCUUCAGAGGUGCCUCAAGGAUGAUGAUCCGUAUGUUCUCAAGACAGCUGCCAUAUGUGUUGCUAAACUUUAUGACAUAAAUUCUGAGUUAGUUGAGGAUAGGGGGUUCCUAGAUUCUCUGAAGGACUUAAUAUCUGACAACAAUCCAAUGGUUGUAGCUAAUGCUGUGGCAGCUCUUUCUGAGAUCCAAGAGCAUAGUUGUAGACCAGUAUUUGAAAUCACUACUCCGACACUCUCAAAGCUCCUUACUGCUCUUAACGAAUGCACUGAGUGGGGCCAAGUUUUUAUACUUGAUGCUCUCUCUCGAUACAAGGCAAGUGAUGCUCGUGAAGCAGAAAAUAUAGUGGAGAGAGUUACACCACGACUUCAACAUGCUAAUUGUGCUGUUGUACUUUCGGCUGUUAAGAUGAUCCUUCAACAAAUGGACCGUAUCACUAGUACUGACAUUGUUCGAAAUCUUUGCAAAAAGAUGGCUCCUCCUCUUGUUACAUUACUCUCUUCAGAACCUGAGAUACAAUAUGUUGCAUUACGGAAUAUCAACCUAAUCAUUCAAAAGCGACCUACAAUUCUUGCCCAUGAAAUCAAGGUGUUCUUCUGCAAGUAUAAUGACCCAAUUUAUGUGAAGAUGGAAAAGUUGGAAAUAAUGAUAAAGCUUGCUUCUGACCGGAAUAUAGACCAGCUUUUAUUGGAGUUUAAAGAAUAUGCCACAGAAGUAGAUGUAGAUUUUGUGAGAAAGGCUGUCCGUGCCAUUGGUCGUUGUGCUAUCAAGUUAGAUAGAGCAGCUGAACGGUGCAUUAGUGUUCUGCUUGAGUUGAUCAAGAUUAAAGUAAACUAUGUUGUUCAAGAGGCUAUUAUAGUUAUCAAAGAUAUCUUUAGAAGAUACCCUAACACGUAUGAAUCCAUCAUCGCAACCCUCUGUGAGAGCUUGGACACUUUAGAUGAACCAGAAGCUAAGGCAUCAAUGAUAUGGAUAAUUGGAGAAUAUGCGGAAAGAAUUGACAAUGCUGAUGAGCUUCUUGAAAGCUUCUUGGAGAGUUUCCCAGAAGAGCCUCCCCAAGUUCAACUGCAACUAUUAACUGCUACAGUGAAACUUUUUCUGAAGAAGCCAACUGAAGGCCCGCAGCAGAUGAUUCAGGUUGUUUUGAAUAACGCUACUGUGGAAACUGACAAUCCUGAUUUACGGGACCGUGCAUACAUUUAUUGGCGCCUUCUAUCAACUGAUCCUGAGGCAGCUAAGGAUGUUGUGUUAGCUGAGAAACCAGUGAUCAGUGAUGAUUCAAACCAACUCGAUCCAUCUCUUCUUGAUGAACUUCUAGCCAAUAUUGCUACACUAUCUUCUGUGUAUCACAAACCUCCAGAUGCUUUUGUGACCCGUACAAAGAUGGCAACCCAUAAAACAGAAGAUGGUGACCACCCUGAUGCACAUGAAACAGGGUAUUCUGAUUCACCUUCUCAUGCUGCUGCUGCUGCUGCAUCACCGCCAGCUAGUUCAAGUAGUGUCCCAUAUGCUGCAGCUAGGCAGCUACCCCCAGCUCCAGUGCCUGAUUUGUUAGGGGAUCUGAUUGGCGUUGAUAACAAUGCAAUUGUCCCUACUGAUCAGCUGGCUGCACCUUCCGGCCCUCCUUUGCCUAUUUUACUGCCAGCAUCAACUGGACAGGGUUUGCAAAUCAGUGCCCAGUUGGCUCGGCAGGAUGGUCAAAUAUUUUACAGUUUACUGUUUGAGAAUAACACACAGGUCACACUAGAUGGAUUCAUGAUUCAGUUUAACAAAAACUCCUUUGGUCUAGCAGCUGCUGGACCUCUUCAGGUUCCCCCUUUGCCACCAGGAGCAUCAACAAGGGCACUGCUGCCAAUGGUAUUGUUCCAGAAUCUGUCUGCUGGUCCUCCCAGCUCUCUUCUGCAGGUUGCCGUGAAAAAUAAUCAGCAGCUAGUCUGGUACUUCAAUGACAGAAUCUUGUUGCAUGUGUUUUUUGUCGAGGAUGGCAGAAUGGAGCGAACUAGUUUUCUUGAGACAUGGCGAUUGAUACCUGAUUCAAACGAGGUCCAAAAAGAAUUUCCAGGUAUCGUGGUGAGCAGUGCCAAAGCGACCCUAGACCGACUAGCUGCAUCGAAUAUGCUCUUUAUAGCAAAGCGCAAACAGGCCAAUCAAGAUGUGUUCUACUUCUCUGCUAAAAUCCCUCGAGGCAUACCAUUCUUGAUCGAACUUACAACGGCUAUCGGAAGCCCCGGAGUUCAAUGCGCUAUCAAGACUCCGAAUCCUGAGAUGGCUCCGAUGUUUUUUGAAUCCAUCGAAUCACUCCUCAAGAAUUGAUUGUUUCCUCUGUUGUUUUGGAAUAUCCUUUGAAAAUUUUGUCACGCAUUCUUCUCUUGCUGAUCUCCCUCUUUUCCCAUCUAUUUAUUAAUUUCAUGUGUUUUCUGUUGGGCUC